AUGUCCGCUCGAGCCACGCGUGAUGUGGUGAAGGGCAUGAAUGAGAACCUGACGGGAGAGAUCAAAAACCCCCUCGAAGGUAUUUCCUAUGAUGAGUUGAUGAGGGACGUAGAGGCAUAUGCCAAUGAGAAUGACCUCAAUGAUAUUGUUCCGCUUCUAAAGAAGGGCGCUUUGGCGGGGCAGAGGCCAACAGACAUAAAUUCUAUUGUCGAGUUGGACGAGGAGGAUCGUCGAGUCCUCCAUGACGAGGUGACACGUCGCUGGCAUCACCCCUGGGCCUUGUAUUACACGAUCAUCCUGAACUCCAUUGCGGCUGCUAUCCAGGGCUGGGAUCAGACUGGCUCGAAUGGUGCUAAUCUGACUUUCGAUAUUCAAUUCGGUAUUCCAAACAGCUCACCCUACUGUAAAGAUGAAGCCACUUGCAAUCGGAACCAGUGGAUUGUGGGAUUUGUGAACUCCACGCCUUACAUUACCAUCUGUAUCCUGGCCGGUUGGCUCUCAGACCCUCUCAACCACUGGCUCGGCCGAAAGGGCACUAUCCUUAUUGCUGCCAUUUUCAGUUUGCUGGCGCCAAUCGGAUCCGCCCUCUCACAGCACUGGGGACAGCUUGUAGCUUGUCGUGUUCUUUUGGGCAUUGGAAUGGGUCUCAAAGAAGUUACGGUCCCUGUCUAUUCGGCAGAAAAUGCACCUACAAAUAUUCGAGGUGGCUUGGUUAUGUCGUGGCAGCUUUGGACUGCUUUCGGGAUCUUCCUCGGAACUUGUGCCAAUCUUGCCGUUGCCAAUGUCGGUAAAAUCGCAUGGCGAUUACAGCUGGGAUCGGCUUUCAUUCCUGCAGUACCUUUGGUACUUGGAAUCUGGUUCUGUCCCGAAUCUCCUCGCUGGCUGAUCACCAAGGGAAGACCACGCAAAGCCUAUCAAUCCCUCCUCCGCCUCCGGAACAGUCCUUUGCAGGCGGCGCGAGAUCUUUACAUGAUCCAUUCUCAAAUUGUUGAGGAGAACAACAUGCUGAAGGCCUCUGGUUUUGCCCAAACUGACAACAUUUUCGUGAGAUUCUUUGAGAUAUUUACGAUUCCACGUUUGCGCCGUGCCACUCAAGCUUCUGGCAUUGUGAUGAUUGCUCAGCAAAUGUGCGGAAUCAACAUCAUUGCAUUCUAUUCGUCAACCAUUUUCUCGCUAGCUGGAGCAAAUAACAUCCAUUCUCUUUUGGCGUCCUUUGGAUUUGGACUCAUCAAUUUUAUCUUUGCAUGGCCAGCAGUGUGGACAAUUGAUACGUUUGGUAGACGGGGCCUUCUUAUCUUUACGUUUCCCAAUAUGUGCUGGACUCUUCUCUGUGCCGGAUUCUGCUUCUGGAUUCCAGAGAGCAGCAAUGCACAUCUGGGCAUGAUUGCCUUCUUUAUCUAUCUUUUCGACGCUUUCUACUCCCCAGGCGAAGGGCCCGUCCCCUUUACUUACUCAGCCGAAGUGUUCCCGCUCUCACAUCGGGAGGUUGGCAUGGCCUGGGCUGUGGCAACCAACAAUUUCUGGGCUUCUGUCCUUUCACUCACCUUCCCAAGAAUGGUGCGAGCCCUCACGCCUCAGGGUGCCUUUGGAUUCUAUGCUGCUCUCAAUAUUUUUGCCUUGGUUUUAAUCUUCCUGUUCUUGCCUGAGACUAAACAGCGAUCGCUUGAGGAGUUGGAUUAUGUUUUCGGGGUCCCGACUCGAACCCAUGCAAAAUACCAGUUGACUCAGGUGCUGCCGUGGUGGAUCAAGCGGUACAUUUUCCUCCACAAAGAUGCUGUUUGCCCUGAGUUGUACAAGAUCAGUGGAUCAGAUACCCUCCCACACGGUGAAGAAGUCCGUGCGUUGCAGGACGUCCUUGAGGUAUCUGCAGACAAAACCCAGGAGAUGGAUGCGGCUUGA